AUUGACAUAAUACCACCAUGGGUCAAUUGGCAGAUUGAACAUGACAGCUACAACUGUCACUAGUACAAUCCCUAAUCCCCCAGUUCUUAACCAGUAUAACUAUGAAGAUUGGAGUUUCCGAAUUAAACUCUACUUGUUAGCUGAAGAUCUUAGGGAGGUUGUGGAAGCCACCACUGAACCUCCUAAACCAGAAGAUGGUGAAGCUGAGUUUAAGGCUUGGAGGAAGAAAGAUGCCAAGGCUUUAAUUCUAAUCCAGAAUUAUUGCGGGUCUGCUAAUUACUCUUUAAUCAGUAGCACAAAGACCGCCAAAGCUGCCUGGGAUACUUUGGCCGAAAAGCUAAACCCAGCUCAAGAGGAGUUGUUUCCGUUGGUGCCACGGGAAGACUUGAAUAUCAGUCCGACGUCGAAUGAUGGAAAUGAGAGUAACACCAGCGUCUUCAAUGAGUUCGCCCUCCAUCAACCCUUCAUUGAUAGUGUGACAGAGGGUGAUUGGGAUUUAGCGAAGGAGUAUCUUAGUCGAAAUCCCGAAGCAAUCAGAGAAAGAGGUUCAACAUACGGUUUGACAGCUCUUCACAUGGCAGUUGCGCUUGAAAAUGUAAAUAUGGCGAAAGCGUUGGUGGAGUCGAUGACGGAGGAAGACUUGGAAAUACAGGACGCUAAUGGUCUAACAGCUUUGACCCACGUUGUGAGUAGAGGAAUCACACAAUUGGCUAAGUGCAUAAUUGAAAAAAACAAGAAACUGCUUAGCCUUCCAUCUCUUCCAGACAACUUUAUUCCACUUGUCUGGGCUUAUAGCAUCGGCCAUUGGGAAUUGGCUCGCUACCUCUAUUCUGUUACUCCACUCGAAGCUCUGUUGCAAGACGACGGCUGCGGUGGCUCUGAGAUUGUUUCGGAGAGUUUUAGGGCCAAAAAAUUAGAUAUUGCAUUGGAUUUAAUUCGGCGUUGCCCAAACUUAGCCGUUGCUAAAAACUACUCUGGGUUGACCCCUUUGCAAAUGUGCGCUAGUACGCGUUCUGGAUUUUUAAAUGGAAUGCAUCUCAAAUUUUGGCAACAAUGGAUUUAUGACUGUAUACACGUACGACCUCAUUCAGCAGUUUAUGAUAUUUGCAUAAAUGUUGAAAAUGUCGAAGAUGGCCCAAUUAGUAAAAGGGAUCUCAUAGUUCGCUCAGGUAUGGGUAUACUGCGAGGACUUGUUCCAAAUCCCCGUAAACUUUUUGGAAUUAAUCACAUAUAUAAGAUGAAAUGGACCCACGAAAGAACAUCUGAAAUUCUACAUUCCAUGUGCGAAGUGAUAGAGGGUAAAAGUGUUAAACAACUGCGAGGAAGUGUCGUGGAAGCAGCAAUCUUCGAAGCCAUUAAACAAGGGCAUGUUGAGUUUGUUCGUGAGAUGUUUCUAGCAAACCAAGCAGCGAGUGGGCUCAUUGGUGAAAAUGGGAAGAGCAUGCUUCAGUUUGCCAUUGAAUGUCGUCAAGAAAAAGUCUAUUUCUUUUUAUAUAAAUUUACCGGAGUAGUGCCUAAUUGGUUAACGAGUAUAGACCAUUUUGGCAAUACGUUGCUACAUGCAGCAGCGAGUUUAUCCCCAAUUGCACAGCUUAAUCAUAUCCAAGGUGCGGCUUUGCAACUGCAGAGAGAAUUACAAUGGUUCAAGGAGAUUGAAAAAAUUGUACCUCCCAAGAUUCUUGAGGUUGUAAAUGUUACAGAUGGCAUGACAGCACGUGAUUUGUUUACUAAGAACCACAAAGAGUUGGCGAAAGAAGGAGAAAGAUCAAUGAAAGAGACAGCAACUUCUUGUACGGUUGUAGGUGCGCUUAUCAUUACCAUCAUGUUUACUGCAGCAUUCACAGUUCCAGGUGGAAACAACGGAAAUACAGGCAUGCCCUUGUUCUUAGAUAAAAGGUUGUUUCAGGUCUUUAUAGUUUCUGAUGCCCUAUCACUCUUCUCUUCCACGACUUCUGUAAUGACAUUUUUGGGAGUCCUCACCUCACGCUAUGCCGAAGCUGAUUUCCUUAAAUCAUUGCCAACGAAAAUGAUUAUAGGCCUUUUCACCCUCUUUUUCUCCAUAGCCACCAUGAUGAUUGCGUUUGUUUCUACCCUUUUUAUUAUGUUGGGUGAAAAUUCAUGGAUUGUGAUUCCAAUCAUUUUACUUGCUAGUGCUCCAGUCGUCUCCUUUGCAUGGAUGCAAUUUCCCCUCCUUGUUGACAUCUUCAUUUCUACUUAUGGAGUAGGAAUAUUUGCCAAAAGAGGCAAACCUUUGGCAGCAACAGACUCCUUUUGA